CAUCCAUACUUAAUGGAUUGCUGGGAUCAGUUUUUCCAUUCCAUUGCAGAGAGCAGUGGGAAAACGUUCACAUGCGGAAACAUGCCUCAAGCCACAGCACAGCAGAGGUACAAAUUGACAACUGGCAGUGCCACGUGACCCCUUAUCUGCACUGCGCAGAAUCGUGUGUUUCUGGCAACGGGCAGAAAGGAUGCUCUGUGUCGGAUUCAACAGUUCUACUGGGAAACUGCGAACCCGUCAUGACAGGAGUUGCAUAAGUAAAAAAACAUAAAUUCACAGGAACUGCGACUGCACACCUUUCCCUACUUAAAGCACAAUGACUAGCCACUGAGCAAUACAUUUAUUUUACCCAUUUCCCUUGGAUUUACUAAUGCACCAUGCAAGUUAUGUUAUUAUUAUUAUUUUUUAAUCUUAGGGAGAUCGUGUGUACUUGCUAACAGAAAACCGUCCUUUAAAAAAAUCCCCAUUCACGACCUUUCACGGUUGAAUGUCAAGCGAAUCGCAUGCCAUCUUGUAGCAGGCGAACAUUCGGUACUGACUGUUCAUCCAACUUGUCGUCUACCAUGGAACAUCUACAACGUAUAUAACAGGGAGAUCUGGACCAGAUGCACUGGUCGGAUGAAUACCCCGAGUGCGGCGGACAGAACCAAUCCCCCAUUGACAUCCAGCGUAGGAGCGUGCGGCACGACCCGCAGAUGUUGCACUUGGAACUUUUGGGCUACGAAGCGCAGAAAGGCAACUUCAGGAUGACCAACAACGGACAUUCAGUGCAAAUCACUCUGCCCCCCACCAUGGUCAUCGCUGGGGGGCUCCCGGACCGCUACACGGCCGUCCAGAUGCACCUGCACUGGGGGGGGUGGGACCUGGAGGCCAGCGGGGCGGAGCACACCAUAGACGGCAUCCGCUACAUGGCCGAGCUGCAUGUUGUCCAUUACAAUUCUGACAAGUACGCCAGCUUUGCUGAGGCCAAGGAUAAGCCUGGAGGUUUGGCUGUGCUGGCGUUUUUUUACGAGGACGGGCAUUUUGAGAACACUUACUACAGCGAUUUCAUCGCCAACCUGGCCAAAGUCAAGUACGCAGGGCAGUCCACGAAUCUCCCCAAUCUAAACGUGCGCUCCAUGUUUCCCGAGAAUCUGAACCACUUCUUCAGGUACCAGGGAUCGCUGACUACACCCCCGUGUUAUGAAAGCAUUAUAUGGACCGUGUUUGACACCCCGAUCACGCUCUCCCACAACCAGAUCAGGAAGCUGGAGAGCACGCUGAUGGACAACGAGAACAAGACCCUGUGGAACGACUACCGCAUCGCGCAGCCGCUGAACGACCGCGUGGUGACGUCCUCCUUCCUGCCGCGGCUCGGGAGAGGAACAUUUUGCAGACAGGAAGAAAUCGAGGCCAAGCUGCUGAAGAUUGAGGGGCUGAUCACAAGCCUGGGGAGCCACAUACACUCAGAUGGUGGGGCAGUAGUGACAUCCAAGAAAGGCCCUCGAGUUAUCAUCCCCAUGGUGCUCCACUUCACGGAGAGGAGCGUGGGGAGCUACGUGAAGGUGCACCACGGACACUCCAUGGCCCUCCGCUCGUUUUCCGUCUGCAUGCACGUCCGCACCCACACCAGCGUCGUCCACACCGUCCACACCGUCCUGUCCUACUCCACCGCCGGCCACGACAACGAGCUCGUCGUCGCCGUGGGCUACGAGGUGGGCCUGUGGAUCGGCAACGAGUUCGUCAACUUCCCCCACAACCUGCAGUCCCGCGGCUGGAGCAGCUACUGCCUGACCUGGGCGUCCCACUCCGGGGGGGCGGAGCUCUGGAUCAACGGCAUGGUGGGGGAGGAGCAGUACCUGCGGAGCGGCUACGAGCUGCAGCCCGGCGGGACCCUCGUUUUGGGGAAGGACCAGGACGGCUUCCUGGGCGUGUCUGACGCGGACGCCUUCGUGGGCCAGAUGACGGACGUGAACGUGUGGGACUACGUGCUCAGCGCCUCCGAGAUCCGCGACCAGAUGUCGUGCGAGAGCAGCGCGUUCCGGGGCAACGUGCUCAGCUGGGGGGUGACCCACCUCAGCCUCUAUGGAGGGGUGCAGCUGGAGGCUGAACACCGGUGUCCCUGAGGGACGACCCGUCCCGACCAAUCCGGUCUCAACGCUGGCAGGUCGCUACUGUCAUUAUGCCUGCAAUGCAAUGUAACACAGUGCUUUGCAGCUUGCUAAGAGGUCCGCAGAAAAUAAAGGCUUAAAGGUCAGUUAGAAAUCCAAUGAAUUCAGUAAAAUAUCAAAUGUAUACUCCUAAAACAAACUAUUUGAAGGACAUUAUUUCAUAUGAUUCUGAAAAAACUAAAAUCUCUUAUCAGCCACUGCAUCUGUUACAUGUUACAUGAAGUGACAAUAUGAUUUGCAUACUCACAGGGCAGUUAUAAGAUAAACUAAGGGUUCCAUGGUCUACAGGUUUGUCAUAUUCAUAUCUGUUUAUCAAAUAUUGAACAGCUGGGCACAGGCCAUUAUUUUAUGUUUACAUGUUUAUGCUACACUGCUCAACUUCAUAGACAAACGGAAAAGCAGGGAUGAAGUGUUGACAGUAAGCUUGACAUACUUGCUGUCAACACACAAAGAGCUGUACUAUUGUUCCUUUCAAUGACGUCAAGCCUAGACUACACUUUUUGAAAAUAAAACUUUAUUUCACCUCUG